AUGUCGACACCAAAAUCAAAACUCCUAGAAUCUCUCGAACGAGAUGGCUUUGUUCUCAUCCCUUCUCUUCUGAGUCCAGCAGAAAUCGAUUCUCUCCGCGUCGAAGCAAAAAGCACCGUCGAUCUCGCUCGCUCUGGCUCAUGGCCAUACGUUCGCACCCUUCCCAAACAAUUCCCACCAUGGAAUAUCGACGAAGGAGAGUCGCCUGCAAAUGUUGGCAUUUGGGGUGUACAAUCGCUGAUGAAUCCCAAACUUCCAACUUCGUCUUCUUUUAUCAAGAUAUACUUUUCGGAUAAGAUGCUGGGUGUUGUGAAAGAGCUGUUGCAGUGCGAAGACGAUGAUUUGGUUAUGGAACUAUUCAAUCUGUUGAUUCGUCCUGAUCGCGACUUUGAGCUGCGUUGGCACCGUGACGAUAUUCCAUCGUCUGCCACGGCUGAAGAGGAACUCGCGAGAUUGGCGGAACCGGCUUGGCAUGCGCAGUGGAAUAUGGCGUUGUAUGAUGAUGCGUCUCUCAUUGUAGUGCCCAGGUCUCACAAAAGGGCUAGAACUGAUGCAGAGAGAGAGAUGAAUGAAUACGAGACGGGAGUGGAGGGCGAGAUUAGAGUGCAGAUGAAAGCGGGAGAUGUGGUUUUCUAUGAUAACAAUAUCUUGCAUAGAGGAAAGUAUGAGAGUAUAAGAGAAAGGGCGACAUUGCAUGGGAGUGUGGGACAUAGGAAUGGAAAGGGAGUGAGGGCGAGAAAUGUGCUGCAGCAUGGAUUGAGGGAGUGGGUUAGUGAGAUUAAUCUCAGUGUGUUGAAUGGAGAGGAGAAAGCAAGGGCGGAGGGAAUGAGAGAAAGGUUGCUGAAGAUGGCAGAGGAGAGUGGUGAAGUGGGCUAUUCAUUGGAUGGUUGA